AGAAGGAAACACCAGGAAUGUGUCAUAGUGCUUUGUGACACUUUGAUAGCCUGUCACAACAAGAGGGCAUUGUCCCUUACCUUGAUACAGAACUCCUAGAGCUUUGGCAUGUUAUAGCAGGACCUAUUGGAGGCUUCCUCAGUGCCAGUGGUAGGAAUAAUAGCUUACAUAUAUAGAGUGCUUGUCACUUGCUAGGUACUAUUCUAAGGACUUUAAAAUAUGAAUUCACUUAAUUAUCACAACUACCCCACAAGGUAAAUUAGAUAGUAUUAUACUUGUUUUACAAGAGUGGAAACUGAGGCACAGAGAGGCUCGUUAGCAUGCCUCAGAUCACACAGCUUAUAAAUGGUAAAGCCAGCAUUCAACAUCAAGCUGGUAGGCACCAGCGCCCUGUCUCUCAACAUCUAGCCUCUCACUGGCACCAGCAGAUGGGGGCUAGGGUAGGAGAAAGGAAUAAGCUGAGGAUCCCCACAGGGUGUCUGGGCAGAGAGCCGUCCCUCUUUGCUUUUCAGCACCUGUGGGAUAUGCCGUGAGAACUGAAAACAGUGUCUUGGGGUGUGGGUGAGGGCUGCUUUAGAGGGGCCUGGGGGCUGAAUUAGCAAUGCGAGUCAAGAGAAGUGAAACACAGGUGAGGUAAUCAUAAUUGGAUCUCUAGAUCUGAUCUACAGACUUCAGGAACAUCACGUCGAUUUGUUUUUCAAUUUAAUCACCUUAAAAUUUCCUUGGAGUAAAUGGAAUCAUGACUCCUGGUCUGUUCUUUCUCUGAGGUGACAGGCGCAUCUAUAUUUAGACCAAUAGUCAUGCUUCUGUGGUGAUGGAUCAGUAUGUGCCUCCAAAAACGGCUGUGUGUUGAAAUAAUAACCUGGUCUCUUUGUGAACCGGACAUGUAGGUUUGAUGGAUACACAUCAGAGGGACUUCGAUACACACUUAUUUGUUAAGAAGAUGAGCCAACCCGUGUGCUGGGGCCAUAGAUAGCCACGUGGGCAAGUGUCCAUGAGCUCCUACUGUGGAGUCCUUGAAGGAGGCUUUCAUUCUUCAUCUGUUCCCAGUGCACCAAAGAUGCCUCACAGGGUGAACAUGUGCUCAUGUACACACAUGGACCACGGCCGAGGGUUAUGCAACGAGAGAUCUUCCAAGUACGGUUGGCUCACACACAAGGCCCUGAUGUGGCAACUUCAGCUCUCAUCGCAGAUAAUUGCCUUUGAUGAGUUAAGGACGGAUUUUAAGAGCCCCAUCGACCAGUGUAACCCUGUUCAUGCGAGGGAACGCCUGAGGAACAUUGAGCGCAUCUGCUUCCUUCUACGAAAGCUGGUACUGCCGGAAUACUCCAUCCACAGCCUCUUUUGCAUCAUGUUCCUGUGUGCUCAGGAGUGGCUCACCCUGGGGCUGAACGUCCCUCUGCUUUUCUACCACUUCUGGAGGUAUUUCCACUGUCCAGCAGACAGCUCUGAGCUCGCCUACGACCCGCCCGUGGUCAUGAACGCGGACACCUUGAGUUACUGUCAGAAGGAGGCCUGGUGUAAGCUGGCCUUUUAUCUCCUCUCCUUCUUCUACUACCUUUACUGCAUGAUCUACACUUUAGUGAGCUCCUAACUCGGAGACCACGUACAUCCUCAGAGACUGGGAUGGGAGAGGCUUGAGAUGGAGAAGUCCGCUUCUGCGGGUGGCUGGAGAGGGGACCAGUGUGGGGUUGCGACCGAAGGAGAUGGGCAGCCACUCUGAAUGGGGAGCCGGAAGCACGAAGCAGCCUGUGGCUACGUCAGCCCUCCGUGCGCAUGUGCGUCUGUCUUUGCUGUUCACACCCCACACCCGGGCCGUUGAUCCCUUCAGCUGGCCCGAGGGGUUCCGAAACACGAACCUCUCCUGAGCAAGAAUGGAGAAUCGCUGCUUUCUGAAUCCACUUCAUCGAACGGCUCCCUGCAAGUUCACACUGCAUUGCUGGACCGUGGCAGUGGCGGCUGGAAGGCUGGAAGGUGCCUGCUUGGGAAGGGCUGGGUCCAGCGUCAAGGCUGAGUGUCUGUGGGACAGACUGAAGGCCUCAAGGACAUCAUGAGCUACUGAGACCCCUGCCUUUCUUCCAAGUCCUAGCCACGCCCUUCACUUCCAAGGGAAGGGCCUGGAAGGUGUGCGGAUUUGCCUGGGGCGACAUCCAGCCCUGAGCCUGCUGGGGUGUCUGUUUCCCCACUCUGUUUUGUGAGAGCCCAGUUUAGGGAAUUUAGUGACCUCAGGAGCUGUGAGUUGGGAGCUAUAUGUUGGUACAGAGUGAUGGCCGAAGUGACGCGUGG